AUGAAAGAUUAUGAUUCAGUUCCGAUUUUGAGGUCUUCAUUGCCAUCAUCCAGACCAUCGUGCAUGUUGAGAGCCACGUCGGGACGGAAAUGCUGGUACGCAUAUUUCGUUGAGCUUGCGUCCGUCACUAGCAGCUUAAACACAACCCUGGCCGAUUUCCUUCUCCGACUUCCGCUCUGUGAUAUCACCAGUUCCUGCAGCGUGGCUAGGAGUGUCCGGAUGUCCUCCUGCAUGGCACAGGCCUGUGAUCACGGAUCAUGUCACGAAUUUCCGAAGCCUCCAUCAAAUCUCGGGCCGGUCCCUCUUCAGCCUCUCAUUUCAUUUCAAGAAACUUGA